AUGUACGAGGCACAGAAUUUCCUGCAAUCGCAAGAUAAUUCAAGUAAUUUUGGCCAGGACCUAAAAUCGUGGCUUUCAGGGGAUGCCAACUCGUCCCCAACUCAGUCCUCACUCGCGCAUUCUUCCACCACCACUACCCACAACAGCAAUGUCGAUCGCGUCCUCUUCAAAGACCUCGUCGAGAUCGUCCCUCUCGUUCAAUCCCUCAUCGAUCGGAAAGCAAGCAGUUCGUUUACGCGGCGUGGUUCGGUGACCUACACCAAGACACCUUCUAGAGAAUCCUUAUCCAAAAAAGUAACUGAACAAAAAGGGAGGAAUCCAGCUCAAUCCAUUCCCAUAAGAAAGAAGAGGGAUCAUGGAGACAAGGACCCCAGCACGAAUGCUAGCAAUAACCCUGAUUCUGACAUCUUUUCUAAUUUUUCCUCAAGAACUUCAGCGGAGCAAGAAGAGUUGGAUGCAUUAAGGGUACAAGUGGAUGAUCUACAAAGAAAAGUAUCAGAGAAGGAGGAACUUUUAAAGUCAUCGGAGAUAUCGAAGGACCAAAUGAAAGCUAUUCAAGCAAAACUUGACGAAAUGAAGCACCAAGUUUCAGAAAAGGAUGCGUUAAUCAAGGCUGCUAAGCUACAACUCUCUGAUGCAAAGAUUAGGCUUGCAGAUAAGCAAGCUGCUUUGGAAAAGUUACAGUGGGAAGCAAUGACAUCUAACAGGAAAGUGGAGAAGCUUCAAGAGGAGCUAGACUCCUUGCAAGGACAGAUUUCAUCGUUUAUGUUCCUAUUUGAAGGCUUGAUGAAAGCGGAUGCCAUUGUAUAUGGUGAAGAUUAUGAUAUUUCACCGUGCACUGUGGAUCAUCUUCCUCAUAUCGAUGAUUUGGAUGAGACGCAGAUGCGGAAAAUGGAAGAAGCUAGAAAAGCUUACGUCACUGCUGUUGCCGCUGCAAAAGAAAAGCAAGAUGAAGAAUCUAUUGCUGCUGCAGCCAGUGCAAGAUCUGAAAGAUCAUGGCAGAAUGUUGCUUUUCUGAAAACGCAAGGAUAUCAUACUUUCACAUUGAAAAGUUAUGCAUCAGCAAGUGACCACCAAACGAAAAGCGAUAUUGCUUAA